CUCUGCCCAAUUUACUCGCAGUCGUCUCCCCUCUCCCCUCACCUCUCUCCACAACCUCACCAUUUCUUCCGGUGAAAUUCUCGCCGGAGAGACUGAAACAAACCCAUCCAUAUAUCAUCUUUGGUUUGUUUUAUAAAAUCUUCCCGUUAUCGUUAUGCUUCUCGCCUCCGAUCAUCAGCCCUCCCUUGAGAGAACCCGGUCCACUCCCAGCAAGGCUACUGACUCCCUGCUGCUCGACCGCAAGAACUCCUUCAACUCCCUCACCUCCCCCGCCGGCCUCCACUCUUACCUCUCCACCCCCCACCCCCGGGCCUGGCUCUUCCUCUCCCUACUAUGCCUCCAGGUCGUCCUCUUCGUCAUCGCCCGCUCCCUCCCCAUCUCCCUCUCCUUGCCCCGCGGCCGCCACCACUUCCCCGCACCCAUCGUCGCCUCCCGCCCCGAUGCCGGCGCCACCCCUGAUAACCAUCCCGCCGCUGCUACCGGCACCGACGAAUGCAGCUCAGGGAGGGUUUAUGUGUACGAAUUGCCGAGCUUCUUCAACCGGGAGCUGAUUGAGCAAUGCGAUAAUUUAAACCCGUGGAGCUCGCGGUGCGAUGCCCUGGCAAACGAUGGGUUUGGGCCGCCGGCACGGGGGGUCGAGGGUAUCGUCCCGGAGGAGGUGGCUCCUGCAUGGUUCUGGACGGACCAGUUCGUGUCGGAGAUAAUAUUCCACAAUCGGAUGCUGAAGCACCGUUGCCGGACCACCGAGCCAGAGACAGCCAGGGGGUUCUACAUACCGUUCUACGCGGGGCUCGCGGUGGGGAAGUACCUGUGGUCGAACGGCAGCGCCGCGGAUCGGGACCGGCACUGCGAGAUGAUGCUGAGGUGGGUCCAGGGGCAGGAGUUCUACCGGAGAUCAGACGGCUGGGAUCACUUCAUCACGAUGGGGCGCAUCACAUGGGACUUCCGGCGGUCCAAGGACGAGGACUGGGGCUCCAGCUGCAUUUACAUGCCGGGGAUGCGGAACAUCACGCGCCUCUUGAUUGAGCGCAAUCCGUGGGACUACUUCGACGUCGGUGUUCCCUACCCAACCGGAUUUCACCCCAGGUCAGAUAAUGAUAUCGUUACAUGGCAAGAUCAUGUCCGUAAGCGUCCACGCAACACCCUCUUUUGCUUUGCUGGGGCCACGCGCCGCACCAUCAAGAACGACUUUCGGGGCUUGUUGCUAGACCAGUGCCGUGAUGCGCGGGGCUCGUGCCGUGCUGUGAAUUGUGCAGGGUCCAGGUGCUCCAACGGCACGGCGGAAAUCCUGGAGACGUUCCUCGACUCCAAGUUCUGCCUGCAGCCGAGGGGUGACAGUUUUACUCGCCGGUCCAUAUUCGACUGCAUUGUGGCAGGUUCCAUCCCAGUCUUUUUCUGGAAGCGGACCGCCUACUUCCAGUACGAGUGGUUCCUCCCGAGGGAGAGGGAGAGCUACUCGGUGUACAUAGACAGGAACGAGGUGAAGAACGGGACCUCGAUAAAGGAAGUGCUCGAGAAGUUCAGUGAGGAGGAUGUUAGGAGGAUGAGGGAGAAGGUGAUUGAAAACAUACCCAAGUUCGUGUACACGAUGAAAGAAGAAGGACUAGAGAGUUACAAGGAUGCCUUUGAUGUGGCCAUUGAAGGAGUGAUGAGGAGGUUCAAGGAGCAAGAAGAGUGGGGAUUCAAGUGGAGGUGAAAGGUAAAGGUAAAACUAUUUUUAGCUUUUGGUGGCUAUUCAAAAGGGAAGUAGAAGCUGCAGUAGAUAUUGGAUCAUGAAGUGCUUUUACUCCUUUCAGAGCUAUACUGUAUAUAGUUGAGGAUGGAGAAGCUUAUCUACCAGUGAGCUCAUACCCAUUUCAAUGGCGGAACUUGCUGAGCACGAGGAACUUAAAAAACUGCUGGGACGAUUGAUUAGUGUACUCAUGUGGCUAUUAAUCUCUUCACCUUAGUACACAGUUUAUGAAUACGAUGCUGCCGGUAUGGGGAGAGAGGAUUACGGUCAGCAAGUAGAGUCAUUAGCUGCAGAGAUUUAUCUUCAGUUCAUUAUUAUUAUUAUUAUUUUUACAAUAAUUUGUUGAGGUUGUUAUAUAUAUAUAUAUACAUUGUUUGUAUGAGCCAGAAAAUAAGAUAAUGAUUUAGAAUCAUUAUUCUUUUCGAACUGCAGUAAGACAUAUUUUGUUUGGCAUCAAUAAGUAGAUAACGUUUGCUUGGCGGA